AUGGAAACACCUACUAAUAUCGUCCUUUUCGACAAUACCCUCCCCUCGCAACCACUUUCAGACGAUGAACUCUCCCCACAGACCUCGACGGGCGAACUGUCGCGGAAUCUCUCUCGACGAUGGACGAGACCCUCGGUACGGGGAACGAUGAAGAAGCGGAAAUACGCCAAAUGGCAACCUCACAAGCUUGGCCUGGAAGAUACAGGGGCGGGAGGACCCUCCGAUAUACGUCGGCAGUCUUCAGUCACAGACUCGCUGGGCGCGGAGAGUUCGCGGAAUAACAGCACCACACGUACGCAGCAGGAGAUGGCGGAUGGUACAGCACCCGAGCAGCAAGGGCAGACGAACGGGCAUUCGUGUUCGGACGACACAGACCCGAUCAGCGAAUUGGAUCUUCUAUACGAGAACCAGCGGGGCUGGUUUGUCUUCGGCAUCCCGCUGUAUUCGCAUAGUUCGUUGCUGAAUUUCGAUCCCAGUGCGUGGGUCACGAAGGAUCGGCGGGACAGUCCCGUGAAUAUCACCAAUGCACAGGUUCCCGAUCCGAGCUGGGAAUGGGCCUGGAAGACGUGGUAUGUUGAUAUGUCGGGCGACGUGGACGAGCAAGGAUGGCAGUACUCGUACUCAUUUUCCUCGUCGGCGUGGCACGGGAAUCACCCGUGGUUUCACUCGUUUGUGCGUCGACGGCGGUGGGUGCGAUUGCGGGUGAAACGGGCCUGUGAGAGGAGCCAUCGCGACAGGACUGGGUUUGAGCUGGCCCAUUUGCUUAAUGAGGAUUAUUUUACGAUUCAUUCGUCCAAGGAUAGGAAGGCAUCGAGCACGGUUGCGGGGUCGAGGGUGCCGUCGGCGUAUUUGAGCUAUGUCACGACCAAGGUCGAGGAGGAGGUGCAUUUGGAGGAGAUUGGGAAUAUUCCUACCUUGAUGUAUGCCUUGAAGAGCGCCACGGUGGAUCGGGAAAAGGUUGAUGCUCUGAAGAGGUUUGUCGCGGACGGUGGUGAGGAGUUGUUUUAUCUUGAUGGAAAGAUCCCUGAAAUCAUGUCGAUGUUUGUCUUUCAAGCUUCACGAUGGCAAUUCUUAGCCCACUUGGUCAACGUCAUCAAUGAGCUCUCCGAGCAGACAGCUGAGAAAGAGGGCAAGGAAGCCAUAGAGAUUCAACGUAAACAUGACAAUCUCACCAAAGCCGCAGAGACCACCAGACGACACAUCACCGGGCCAGAGUUCUUUGGUGAUUUGAACCGGUCCUCAGUAUCGGAUAUGCUGGAUCUGACCCCGACUUCGAAGCGGGUGAGUUUGCUGGACAGACACUCGGCCAACUUUACAGGUGAACCCGUCAACCGAGGCGGUCCUAUCAAGGGUAUCCCCAAGGAGGCAGAGAUUGGGCACCGUCACCCGGCAAGACCAACACGACACCUUCAACACACCUCUCCGGCGCCCCUCCUCUUUCAUGCCUUGGACGCUCACCCUGCGUCAUUCCCUAUGUUCACGCGUGGCCGCCCGUGUCUGAGAAGGCGUGGUCUGUCUGCCGUCUUGGACAAUGUCGUGGCUGGCCCCGAAGAACCCCUGCUCUUCCUCUAUCCUCGCUGGUUCACCUCGGCGGUCCGACAACAGAGAUCAAUCGCCUCGAUAAAUACCGCUACAGCUACAAGGAGACAGCCCGGUCCCGAUCGGAUUCUGCCUCGAGGAAUUCGUCCUUCCCGGAGGUUGUCUUUCGGCCGUUCCGCGAGACGAUGGAUUUCGUCCAACGCCGCAGUCACUGCCGGGUCUAAUAAUAUUGACGUGUCGGCUCGAGAUGGUUCUUCUACAGGUGUUCAGGAUGACGGACCGAAUAGCCAAUUACCAGCUGCGCGAUCCGAGAGGUCCUCAUCGACCGUGAUGACGCAGGACAGGACACCAUCUACAGACAAAAAGCGCCCGUACAACCUUUUUGCCGACAUUGAGACAACAGACGUACAACCGCCGCCAUUGGCCGUGUCUCCGACUGCCCGGGAAAGGUUGGCUAUAAGAAGGUUAUCGGUCCGAGAUCGGAGGAAGUUAAGAUAUCGCUUGUUCCAGUCCAAGCGGAUUCCGGAUAACGGUGCGAAACGAGCAUGGUCUCAAUGGAACGAUAUCAAAAAGUUGCUGGAGCGGUUUCAGCAAGACGCCCGCACGUGGAGUAAGAAGGGCACCAAGCAGAAGGAGCUGCUUGUCCCUGAGGAAACGGUUGCGCUGCUAGCCGGUAUCACGGACAUGGCGAUGAAGGAAAAUGUCUGGUACGUGGCGGUUCACAAUGGCUGCCGGGUGCAUGUGUUGCACCCUCUCGAGAGCGAGGGUCGGUUCCGAAAGGUCAUCAUAUCCGGGUCGGAUCGAGUCGUGGAGCUAGUGGUGGACCGUAUUAAAAAAGCGCAGGCCCUUCAAGAAAACGGUGAUCCGUUGGUUGAUAUCAGAAAACCUGCCGUUACGGUGUUUCCUUCAAUCGAUGCCAUGAGGCGUAAGAAUAUACCCGUCCCAAUUAUUCGAGGGGUUUGGGAUUUCUACCAGGCUCGGGAACGACCUGCACGGCUGGACCAGCUUCCGUCUACCUCGUUUACGACUGUCAGGGAAUUCGCCGAGCACAUAGAAGACUUGACCAGGUCUCAACCCUCUGUUUACCGGAGGAACGAUAAGCAGCCUCGGGUCCCUCAUGAAACUCAGGUUGCCAAAAGGCUUGUGAAGCUAUUCAAGAACGAAGCGAAUUACAGGCUCAUCUCAACUGCCGCGUUGAAUAGAGCCCUCACCUUUCUAUGCGAGCACGAAUUCCUGAGGUCGUCUCGCGCAGUUUUCCUCAGGGCCGAACACGUCACGACAGUAGACACGUUCAACAUCUUUCUGAGGGCUGCUGCUAGACGCCAGGAUAUCCGGGUUUUCCGUCGGUUCCUACUUUCCAUGCAUCGAGCACAUGUUCGACCGGACCCGUACACCUGGCUCGCCUUUCUCGACUGCCUUGUCUCGCCCAAAGCGAAAACAAACCUUGUCACGCACAUCCUGCAGAAAGGCUACCUAUCACAAACCAGUGCUAUACGGACAGCUCUUCAGUUGACUAUACAGGAUACAUUUUAUAUCCAUUUGAAGAACGGUCAAAGUGUGGAUUCGUUCAUCGAAACGAUCCUGGACACUGGAGCCAAUUGGUUUCCCCCAUCACUACUCAAUCAGAUGUUCAGUGUCACGGCCCGACUGAAGGACUUUGACUCCAUGGAUCGACUGCUUGAGAUUUGCAACCAGCAACGCCUUAAAAUAAACAGCUCCACUCUCAACCAAAUCAUCCUGUUUUUCCGCGCCGACAUCUUUUCCGCACUGCGUUAUGUGUUCCGGUGCAAUCGCCCCGGGCUUCGACUCGAACGAGAGACGUGGGAGAGGCUUUUCUUGAUCGCAUUCAAGGGCCGACACUUCAAUAUCUGCCGUGUGAUCUGGAGAUAUGCAUGUAUGAAUGGGGGCGUGACAGACAAGAUGACGAAGACAGUCCUGACAUCCCUGUCGCGUAAUGUUGUGCGGAAGAAGGGGACCGAUUUUGACAAUCUCUGGCGCAUCAGUGCGGGCAAUGUCAUUGUCGGUGUCGAUUUUCAUCUCUCCCACUAUCCUCUCCCGGAGUCUAUUUUGAGCAAUAUUCCCUCUGAGUUUCGCAAGAACCCGCACCUGUUCCUGACGAGCGGAUUCAAGGCCGAGGGAGGAGACCGUGAGACCCAACGGCGUCUGGCAUCGGAGCUGGUGCACCGCGAUAUUGAGGUGGGUUCGAUGUACAGGCCUGUCGAAUCACUUGCCAUCAUGCUGGAUGCUGCGGCUGUGAUUGACCUGGAAUGGAAGGGAAUACCACGACCGGUUACAUGGUUGAUGCAGAAUGCGAUCCAGGUGCCCGUGAAACGCAAAUUGUAUACGCGAUGA